AUGCUCCAGCCCGUCUACCCAAGGGCUUUAGGGAGAAUUACUCGACCAGCAUUCAACGGUAUUCAAGAUGAAUCGAAAAUUCUCAAGCAGCAACCGAAGCCACACGUAGAAUUGGAAGGUCUUCGUGGAUGGUGGAUGCUAAGAAACAAAUCGAAUGUGAGAAAUGUUGGGAUCCGCACCGUAGACGAGAAGACGGGUCAUCACCGUAUCACCUGUAGUCCUGUUGAUCGUCGAGUGACUUGA